CGCAGUUCUAACAUAUAUAUAUAUGUAUAUAAUUCUCCGAUAUAUAACCUGAAUUAUAAUAAUGUAGUUUUAUCCACAUUAAAUUUCAGUUUGUUAUUUAAAUAUUUAAAUUUUCGGUUAAUUGAAAAAUGUACUUAAUAUCAUCGCCUAUUAAUUUAAACAUUCCACAAGUGAAGGAUGUGAAUUUUCAUUCUACUGUCAAACAAUAAAUGAAACAUAGUAAACUCUCUUAAGGUUAUGCAAAAAAAUUUCUGCAUAGAAAGAAAGAGAAAACGUAAUAAUUCGAAAAUUAACUCGAAAUAUUGCAAUGCGUCCAAUUAUCUUAUUGUGAAAUGUUGAUUGCUUUCGACAGUUAAAUGCUUGGAAUAUAACUAAACAUCUUGAGCUAUGUUUGGUUCGGUGCAAAUAAAGCAAGAAUACAACAAUUCAGAGGACAACCAAAAUGGUACUAGCGUGCAAAACAACUUUGAAUAUUCAUCAUUCACUAGUCAGGAUGUUGAGUACAUAUACCGUCAAUUACCCCAUUUUUGGAGUCAGACACAAAUGCCAAGUGUUCAAUUAUGUGAAGGAAAUCAGCCAAAACAUGAUGUUCCUUUCCGACCAGACAUCCAUCCGCAUGAGCAAACGCAGUCACAAUUCGCGGUGAUGAAUUAUCUACAUCCAUUCCCAAUGAGCCAGUCAGAGACACAAACACCAAUGAGUGAAUCGAAUCCAGUAGAAAAUACAAAUAUUACUGAACAAUCACAAUCAUCCCCUUCCUCAGUGAUAAAGCGCACAACUAGUCCAACAAAUAAAUCGUCUUCCUCAUCCGAUCCCAAUUCAAAGAAACCCAAGUGUCACUGUGAAAUAUGCUUCAAAGAAUUUGGACACAAAUCAAAUCUUUUUAUUCACAUGCGUACACAUAAUGGUGAACGUCCCUAUAAAUGUCCCCAAUGUGAAAAAUGUUUCACACACAGUGGUAAUCUUGCAAUUCAUAUGCGUACACAUUCAGGUGAAAAGCCAUACGCAUGUCAAAUUUGUGGGAAAAUGUUUAGUCACAGUGGAAAUUUGUCGACCCAUCUUCGAACGCAUUCUGGAAUAAAACCCUAUAAAUGCAGUGUAUGUUCGAAGGAAUUUCGUCACAGUGGCAAUCUAUCGAUUCAUGAACGUAUUCAUUCUGGAAUAAAGCCAUUUCAAUGUACAAUUUGUGGCAAGGAAUUUUAUCACAGCGGUAAUUUAACGACCCACAUGAAGAAGCAUACGAAUGAUGAGCCACGCGAUGAUAUGAGUAAGAAAACCGAUGUCCAAGAGGAGGUAAGUCAGGAACCAUGUAGACCCCAUCCCGAUGGUGGUAUUCAAUGUGAAACUAUUAAUAGUAUUUAGAUAAUUAGUAUUUUAAUGGAGAUUUUUUCAAAAAGCCACUACUUUUUAUUUCUGCUAUGCUUCAAUAAAAGAAGACGUAAAUUAAAUUCAGUUCCAAAAAAAAAAGAAUUUAUUUUGUAAAUGCAAUUGUAAUUGGCAUUAUGAUUUAUCGUUAAUCUUAAUCAUUAGAAUUUUAAA